GAAGUAUAACUUACCAGCACAUUCUCGCCGUUACUGAGGGCCGAGGUUUCGCGUGCCCUGUCUGAUUUCCUUAAACAACUCUAGGCGAUAAAGAUGGCCAGGCCACGUGUUUUCUUUGACAUAGCUGUUAACGGUACCGGCAUUGGAAGGAUCGUUUUUGAGCUGUACAGCGAUGUGGUGCCAAAGACUGCGGAGAACUUCAGGGCUCUGUGUACUGGGGAGAAAGGCGCUGGCUACAAAGGCACCAAGUUUCAUCGCAUCAUCCCCAAUUUCAUGUGUCAGGGUGGGGACUAUGAAAAACAUAACGGAACUGGAGGACAGAGCAUCUAUGGUGGCAAGUUUGCAGAUGAGAACUUCCAAAUGAAACACACUGAGAAAGGUCUGCUGUCCAUGGCUAAUGCUGGACCCAAUACCAAUGGCUCUCAGUUCUUCAUAACAGUAAGCAAGACAGAUUGGCUGGACGGCAAGCAUGUUGUGUUUGGGAAAGUGGUGGAAGGGUAUGAUACUGUCGUCUGCGAAAUGGAGAAACUUGGAUCACAAAGCGGGAAGGUGGACAAGACAGUCACCAUAGCCAACUGUGGUCAGCUCUGAGGUCAGCCUUGAGGUCAGCCCGGACAGUCUCUCAUUCCUCCAGCACAUCACAUCAACUGACCAGAGAGUCAUUGAUGGAGUAACAAAUUGUUUGUGACUUAUGUACUACUCACAGGGAUUUAUCUAGGAUUCUAAAGUCUGUUCCCCAGGCAGGCAAAUUUUAAUAUUGGGUUAAUUAAGAGUAGUGAUUAUUUUCUUAAAUUCAGGGGUAGUUGAAGAUUCUGAGGAAUUCACUAAAAUAUAAUGUAGCAUGGAAGCCUCUCUGUCAUAUUGGUCCUGUUACCACAGAAUCAAGUCACCUCGAGAAAGCCACAUGCUAGAACAAUAUGGAAAUAUAGGGGAAUGGUUUUAUUCCAAUCUAUGGAGUUUUCUGAAGACGUGAUACCAGCCUAUGAACUGUUUUAGAGAAAUCCCUGACUCAGCUGUUGAUAGGCAUAUAGUUGUCCCAGCUGCUACAAUCAGCGAAAUGCACCAUGGAGUGCUAGAUUGAUCCCUGUAGACAUGCCGUGUAUCAUGGCGCCAACUGGUCUGAAUAUACUGCAAGUGUGCUUAUACUCACAUUAUUAGUAUUAUCUGCAUGAAGUUAGAGGUUUAAUGUUGGAUGUUAUGUGAUGUGUUUAAGGAAUUACUAGUUAGUUACAGUGCAACUAAAUCUCUUGUUCCGGGCAUAUUAACAGAUAGGACUCAAACAGUGCAACCAUACUCAGGCUACAACAUGUACGAGGAAUAUGUGUAGAGAUGUUGACAAAGAAAGUGCAUAAUUAUGAUGCAGCUAAUAAUCACUUUUGAAAGUCAGAUGUUUUCGAUGUUCAGCACAAGGCAACAAGAAGAAUAGAUCAGAAAUUGGUGACAUUUAUCUCCCAUAGUAGGUCUGAGAUGUAGAUCUGUACAAUUGUAUCUAAGUUACGUUCAAGAAUAACUCUCUUGAUAUCCUCUGAAACAUUGGGAAUACAUUUCAUAAUAGCAGUGCUGAAAAUCCGUGAUACUGCUUAUGAUGAUAAUUGAAAGUAGUUGUUGAGCGACACAUAUACAGAACAAAUGGUGGGUCUGGUUGAGUUAAUGGUGCAGUGUUUAGUCAGCUGUAUUUACCGCAUCUAUAUUAUAAUAAGCUUUUUAAUUAGAACCUUGUCCUUACUCUGAACAUGCUAACAAUGUGAAGUGUGCUAUAAGUAAUGGCUACAAAGGGUCAAGUUCAUAUGGGAAUACAUGAUAUGAAUCCCAUGGUAUAAAGGAUUUAUCCCCAUAGGAAGCUGGUAGCAAUGAAUUCCCCUGUACGAUACAGUACGCUCCCAUGGUAUAAAGGAUUUAUCCCCAUAGGAAGCUGGUAGCAAUGAAUUCCCCUCUACGAUACAGUGCGCUCCCAUGGUAUAAAGGAUUUAUCCCCAUAGGAAGCUGGUAGCAAUGAAUUCCCCUGUACGAUACAGUGCACUCCCAUGGUAUAAAGGAUUUAUCCCCAUAGGAAGCUGGUAGCAAUGAAUUCCCCUGUACGAUACAGUACGCUCCCAUGGUAUAAAGGAUUUAUCCCCAUAGGAAGCUUGAAGCAAUGAAUUCACCUGUACGAUACAGUGCGCUCCCAUGGGAUCUGCAAUACAAACACCAGUUGUGUCCAAGUGUUCCAUACAGCCAGCGUUUCCAUUUCAUGAUUUAUUGGUGGCUAAUGGGUUUCUCACAGUUUUAUACAUUUGUUGAAUUUUUAUGUUUUGUUUAUUUUACUGUAUUGACAUGGAUAUCUCAUUGAACAAUAUCGCUCAGAGUAUGACUGUAUGCAUUGAUAGACAUGUUUGUCAGUUCUGAAGCAUACAUUUCAAAAUGAUGAUCUUGUUAAGCUACAAGAGGGAUUAUAUCUAGGAAAUCUUCCUCCAAUGGAGAUAGUGGUGUUCCGAUGAUCGAAAAUUGAUCGAAUGAAGGAUUGAAAAAAUGAUUAUCGAUUGUAAAAGCAAUUUUUUCGAUUAAUCUGAAUUUUGUCGUUUUAGUAUUACGCACCUGAAUGAAGUAAACUAACCAUUAAAUUUGACAAAUAUUCACGAACAAACAUGCGUCCAACAGUGUAAAGCUAUGCACAUUGUAAAAUGUUUACCAUUUUUAUUGUUUAAUUACAAUUCCAGUGUCUUUCUUGCAUGCGUGCAUUUCAUUGUAGGACAGUAUUAGUUAUAAAAAUCAUUAAUUAAGAAAACCCUGGGAAAACCCCACAAAAUUGGUGAUUACAUUACAAAUGUAUAUAUAUUUCAGUUAUAAUCGAUAUUCGUUCACCACAAUCCUUCGAUAAUCAAUAGUGGAUUUGGUUUCCGAUUCCCAACACUAGAUGGAGAGCCUACUACCACUACAAAUACAGAACCUGUAAUGCUUGCUGACACAAUGUUUACACACACUUUUACCAAACUGGUAAACCUGUUCAACCAUCUAUAUUUCACAGCAGCUCUUUGUGUUUGGAAUGAACCAUCACUAAUUAUGCGGUAAAGAUAUUCUUCUCUAA